CCUCCUCCACCGCCGCAGCCCGGCCUGCUGUUGACAAACACGGCGCGCACCGCCGCGGAGCCUCUCCUUUCGGCGGGGCGCGCGCGGCGGACAGGUUCCCCGGAGCCCCUGGACGGCGCAGCGGAGCGGCGGGUCUUGCGCGGAGCCGGGAAGGCGGGGGCAGAGGGAUGUGGCAGACGCUGGCCCUUGGCUCCCUUUUCUUCCCGGCACUUUUCGCCUUCUCCGUCCGGAGCCUGGGCUGGAUCGCGCCGGCAUGGAGCCUCAAGGACCGGAUCGUCCUCAGCGGCAGGCUGGUGUCGUCUGUCCAGGCCACGAUGGCCACACUCUCCGGCAUCAUUGUCAUCUUCAGCUGCAAGGAUGUGGUGCAUGACAGGCACUGGAUGGCGAGCGAGUACAUCUGGAUCGUGGUCUCCUACAUGACCUAUGACAUCUACGUCAUGUACCUCUGCCACUGGCACAAGUGCGAGGAGAAGGGGGAGGCGGAGGCCAAGCACUCCCUGGCCAGCGUCAAGAGUUUCCUGCGGAGCGAGAGGCUGAUGGUGACACAUCACCUCUUCAUUCUCAUCAUCCUCACGCCGGUGGCUGUGCACCUCAGAGGAGAGCUUGGAGACUUCUUCGUCGGGUGCAUCUUCACGGCUGAGUUGAGCACCCCCUUUGUAUCACUGGGCAAGAUCCUUAUGCAGCUGAAACUGCAGGAUUCUCUCUUGCACAAAGUGAAUGGGAUCCUCGUGUUGGUGACCUUCUUCGUCUGCCGGAUCCUCCUCUUCCCCUUCAUGUACUGGGCCUAUGCCCAACAGACAGGCCUCUCCAUCUACAAGGUGCCCUUCCACAUCCCCUUCCACUGCAACGUGGCCAACGCCUUGCUCAUCGCCCCACAGCUCUACUGGUUCGCCCUCAUCUGCCGGAAGGCCCUGCGGCUUUACAGCAGCUCACCGGCUCCAGACCGAGCCAGAUAACGGCGGCCUUGCGCCUGUCCCGCAACAACCAGGCUGCCUCGACUUUCCGAAUCAGCAUUGUAGGGGACCUCUCCGUUUGGAACCUGCAAAGGUUUCGCCCUGGGGGAACUGAUGACCUUCAGCCGAUGCCUGGGUUAAAUCCGUUGCCAUACGGCAGGAACGCGGCUGGGUUUCUGUUUGUUUUGACGAGAAAGUGCAUCUCUUGUGUGCACAGAGCUCACGACUGCAUGGGAAAGAGCCCGGCUGCUGCAUCAGCUCAAAGGGGUCUCAUCUAAUCCAGCACUCUUCUCACAGUGGCCAACCAGCUCCCCCAAUGGGAAGCCAGAUGUCGAGCGCUGGGACCCUGAAAGUUGCUGGUGGCUAGCAGAACAGAGUGUGUCAGGAUCCACCUCCCCCCCGGGCCCAUCUUAACCUCCAGGGCAGGGGUGGGCAGAAUGUAGAUCUGGCUCUGCUGGUAGUAGAUCUCUGGAUGAUUUAUGAUCGACUGACAAGGAUUUGUUGCCUCCCAAGUCUUGAGCAACAGCGGCAAGAAAAUAAUGCUUCCCCCUCUCCUCACCCCAAAGAUACCGCAGAAAUGAAGAAACCUUUUGAGGGGCAGGAGAGGAGAGGGCAUAACCCAGAGUGGAUAUUUUUUUGCGUGAGAGGACUGUGUGCUCCGUUCAGUUCUGGUACUCAAAACAAAACCCUGGGCUUGGAAUUGAUGCGCCGGUUCGGCUUAUUCAAGCUGCACUUCCACUGUAAGGACAUCAAUCCCUAGCUGUCAAAACGGGGCAAGUGAUACGGAGUCAGUGUUUAGAAAAAAUGCGGGCCGUUGUAUGGUCCGGUCAACAUAUUUGGGAUGUGGAUGACCAGGCAGCUGCGAGGAAGGAGGGGAGCGUCCCCCCUUGGGAUCCGGCCCUGUGGCCAAUUCAAACAUGUCAGCGCCCAGGUUGGAACCUGUUGAGCGGUUCCCCAUACCGUUUAUACUUUGGGAAGGCCCUGGCGAUUCUAGCGCAAACGCCCACGCUAGCAGCGCCACGGGACGUGCAACACGCCACACUGGGGCGGAGCUUCCCUAUGCAAUCGGCACCUCGGGCUUAAGAUGGUGACGGUGGCCACCUGUUUGGAAAACAAGAGGUCUGCGGACAGGUCUUCAGGUUCAUCCUGGCGUGGAGAAGACAUGGCCCUCUGGAUGUUGCCAGACGCCCAUCUCCCUUGGCCAUGAUGGCUGGGGCUGAUGGGAGUUGGCCACUGAGAGAGAUGCUGGUCCCCCAGCCCUUGCAUAAUCUCUUCGUUUCCCGACGGGAGGGGCCCCGUCACUUCCUCAGCCAAAUUUCUUCUUGGUGAAGCUGGUGGGACAGAGGGACCAUGAUGUCAUAGCUUGGGGUGGAGCACCCAGACCCUGAGCAGCUUGACCAAGGAGAAGCCAAAGUGUUUAUCCUUUUCUAGCUCCUCGUUUUGAUCUUUCUGGGAUCUCACCACUCAAGUGCCAUUCUGCCUACAGGAACAUUUUCUGGUGAUUAAUGCUACUGGUUUUGAAUUAGCAACCCUUUUGAGAGCAUGAUCCCUCCUCUGGAGGAGAGGUAGCCAGCAUCGUCCCUUCCAGGUGUGGCUGGACUUUAUUGAGAAGAGCCCUGCAGGCGGAUCAAAGGGGGCCCGUCUAGUCCAGUAUCCUCACAGUGGCCAACCACAUGUCCCAAUGGGAAGCCCGCAAGCGGGUCCUGAACACAACUGCAACUCUGUGGUUCCCAUUCCAACAACUGGAAUUCAGAAUCCUCCUGCCUCCGACAGGGGAGGGAAAACAUAGACACUGGGGUUAGUCAACACUGAUAGCCUGAUCCUCCAUGAAUUGAUCGAACCCUCUUUUGAAGCCGCCAGGUUGGUGGCCGUUUUAACGUUGUGCUGUGCAUUUUGUCUGUCCUGAAUCUUCCAACAUUCAGGUUCACUGGAUGGCCCCAAGUAAUAGUAUUAGGAGAAUUUUCUAUCUGCUUUUUUCCAUACGGUGCAUAAUUUUAAUAUACCAUAUCCCCCCUUUUACUCGCUUCCCCCUCUUUCUUUUCUAAACUAAAAAGCCCCAUAUGUUGUAACCUGUCCUCAUAGGGGAGUUGCUCCAACCCCUCGAUAAUUUUUGUUGCCUUUUUCUGAAUUUCAGUGCCCAGCUGCUAGCACAACCAAUGGUCAGGGAUGACAAGAGUUGCACAACAUUGCGUUCCCCCUCCUCUUGAAUACCAAAAGUUCUGAUCAUGGCUAUAUCUUCCAGCUUGCCUUUUUUAUUAAGACGGAUAAUGUGCCUUUCACACAACAGGAAGAAAAAUGACCCUCAAAUCACUUUCCCCCCACAAAAGUUCCUUUCUUCCCCCCCUUUUGGCUGCUUUGAUAAGCCUCUGGCUUAUCUUGCAAUCGCCACUUUGGAGACCACCUAGAAAUCAUGACCUAUUUACGUCUCCAGCGAGGUGUAGGCCUGCGAGUUAUUUUUCCUUUGAAAGAAAGCUCCCUUGCCAGGAAUGAUGGGCAUUAAGAAUCCAGCAACAUCUGGAGGGCCAGUGGUUUCCCAUGCUGCCCUAGAUAUUUACAUUUUGCUCGGCCCCCUCCAAAGAAUGAUAAAAGACAAGGAACAUAUUGUAAAUAAGAUAGUUUCUUCUAAUCUCCCUUAAGCAGAGGAUUUGACACUUUCAUGUUUGGGUCCUCCAAAAGAUCAUAAAGAAGUGCCUAGACCUGCCAAAACGCAAUAGCCACUUUCACUGUUUACACUACUCUUUGCCGGGAGCAGCCAAAAGUCUUGCGGGGCAUCAAUGGCAAUGCCUGGCAGAUCUCGAGGACGAGAGUUCCCUUUUACUGUGAUACGGCCCUGACGAAAUGGGUGAAGAAGCAAACGACUUUGUCGCAAAUGGUUUUACAUCACUGAAAUCCCUGUUGUUUUCUCCCUUAAGAUUACAGCCUUGGGUUUUUGUGUUUUGAAAGCAGUCAAAUAAAAGAUACCUGCUGAGAAA